CCUUUCCUUGAUUAAAAACAAUUCAUGGCUACUGCCGGGAUGUCGUUGCGACGGUCAAGUGUGAUCAUUUCAGCACUUUUUCGCAACGCAAGUCGGCAAAAAUCAACUAUAAGUCACCAGCUUGUAGUAACACAAUAUGGGGAUCCGAUCAAGUCAGUUUCAAUGGCUGAAGAACCCUUGCCAAGUCUAAAUUCAAAUGAGGUGAAAGUUCGUAUGCUUGCAACGACUGUGAACCCUGCAGACAUUAAUACUAUCCAGGGAUCAUACGCUGUGAAGCCAAAUAUCCCCUUUGUCGGUGGAAAUGAGGGCGUCGGCGAGGUUAUCGAAGUGGGUUCAGAUGUCACGCAGCUCAAAGUCGGUGACAAAGUCUUGCCAGCGAUCAACGCUUGGGGCACCUGGCGCACCUACGCUGUUUGUCCACAAAAUCACGUUUUCAAGAUAAAUCCAAAUCUCAGCCCUGUUGAAGCCACAACAAUGAGCGUAAAUCCCUGCACGGCCUACAGAAUGCUGAAAGACUUUGUGUCACUGAAAAGUGGUGAUGUUGUCAUCCAGAACGGAGCCAACAGCGCUGUUGGACAAAGCGUGAUUCAGAUGUGCAAAGCUUGGGGCUUGAAGUCCGUGAAUAUUGUUCGGAACAGGCCCAAUAUCGAGGAAUUGAAAAGAGAGUUGCAAGAGCUUGGUGCUCACGUUGUUCUUACUGAAGAAGAGCUAAGGACAACUGAGGUUUUCAAGAGCAAACAAUUAUCGCGACCUCUUCUUGGAUUAAACUGCGUGGGAGGCAAAAAUGCCCUGGAAGUCACAAGACAGCUAGGCAACAAGGGAACCAUGGUCACCUACGGAGGAAUGUCUCGGGAGCCCCUGAUGGUCCCUGUUUCGGCCCUGAUUUUCAAGGACCAACGCUUCGUCGGCUACUGGAUGACACGAUGGAACAAAGAAAACCAAGGAAAUGAAAACUGGGAGAACAUGUAUGAUAAUAUUGCAACAAUGAUAAUAGAAAAAAAGCUCGCCCCACCUAAGCACAAGCUAGUCCCAUUUACCCAGUUCAAAGAGGCGAUUGAAAAUGCGCUAUCACCCAAAGGUUUCAUCGGCUACAAGUACAUUUUAGACAUGCAGAAAUGAAUUUAUAUAUAUAUUAUGAAGUUAUUAAGACUGAUUAAAAAUUGGCAAUAAAACCACAUUAUCUGUUACGCGAUGUUUGGGUUGAAAAAAUAAAAAGAUUACAAGUUUAA